CAUGUCUCUAGUCCACUUAGGGAAACUCUUUUUUUAAAAUAAAUAAAGGAAUAUAGUUUUCUGAGUAUUGGAAGAAAAUUAUUUUUUUUUCCUAAGAAUAGCAUUGUUGCUUAACAUAAUAACCAGUUCCAUGUGUUAGAGUUCUACCUGUUGCUAAGGAACAAAAGCUUAUUUAAUUUUCUUACUCAAUCCUGUUCCUGUACUACCCCAUCAUUCCUUGGUAGAAAAAAAAUUUUCCUUAAAAAAGAGCAGCUAUUAGAAAAUUGCAUCAAUAACAUUAUAGUAGAUUAACCUUAACUCCAGUAGUUGGACAUUGAGUCUUUGAUGUUUAAAGAGGAAAGAGUUGUCAGAGAGUUUAACUUAUAAACCUCAAAAAUUAUGAGAAAAGCCAUGGAUGUAGAGGUUCAGUGCAAACAGGGAAACAUAAGUAUUCCUAAAAGGUUCAUCUUUUCAGGAUUAAAGGCUGUUGAAAAUACAGAUUACCCACACUAUUAUGAUCUAUUACGAAAAAUGAACAUGCCAUUUGUGAAAGGAUUAGAGGACAGACAUGACUAUGGAAGAUUUGAAAAGAAAUGCAACCCUACUUUCCUUAAGUUUCAUCCUUACCCUCCCUCAGUGCUGCCACAUUAUCAUUCAUACUACCCUUACCCACCACCAUGUGGGCAGGAGUAUCCAUUAUUUCCACUUCGUGAUGAUGUGCCCUUGGGUGACCCCUGUUCUGGAUUGAUGAGUCCUGGUAGUGAUGCUGAUUUAAAGCCUGGCAUUGGCAGGACUAUACCAAGCCUAGUGAGUUUCAGUGAUGUGAAACCUCAACAACGAGUUCCUGGACCAGACUCAGGAUUUCAAAGAAUGAAAAGAAAAACAAUUCUGUCAGAAGAACUGCAACAGGACAGGAGGUGGAAUUCUAGGGAAGUUCCAGACAUUUCCAUCAGAGCAAGACUUGGAGGUUGGACCAGCCCACAGAAAGUUGCUACUUCCCCAUCUCCUCAUGAACGGAGUUCACUCGAUUACAUGUAUGCAUUUGAUGAGGAGGCAACUCACACAGAUAAUGAUGGAACACAUGUCCAACCAAACAAGAAAUACAAUGCCAAGGAUUUGUUUUACAAGUCUUCCACACAAAAAGCUUAUGAAGCUGUUCCUUGGGAUAAGAUGCUACCACCAAAACUAGAUCCAGAAGAAACAACAGUAGAGAAAGCUGCUGACCUAAUCUCACAGUGCUUUUCCCUGAAGAGAUAUGAACGGCUGCCUGCCAUAACCCAGAUGGCCGGUGGCCUCUGGGACAGGUUUCAAACAAGAUCCUUCUCAGCAAUAGAAAAACCAGUCAACUUUGUAAGCCCAAGUUCUAGAAGCAAAUACAUUCCUCUCUACACUGGCCACGUACAAACUACCAAUGCAGAUGACACCGACAACCCUUGUGGAGACAGAGCAAGCAUAGCAGAGCCUCGGCACUCUAAGCUGCUUUAUACAAACACGAGCCAUGCUGCAAAUAUCCCGGGAUAUACUGGCAAGGUCCAUUUCACAGCUACCCACCCAGCAAAUUCUAAUAUUCCACCAACAAUCCCAGAACAAGAUUCAGAAGUGAAUUGCAUCUUACUGGAGAAAAUGAGAGUUGACCUCUUUCGUCACCAGGGUCCACUGUCCCAAAUGGUCACUACUGUGAAGCCCUACAACCCCUUCAACAGGAAGAAGAACGAAACUGUAGACGAGUGA